CCCUGUCCCUCUCCCCCCGGCCCCCCAUCCCCCGUCCGUCCCCCCCGACCCGGCCACCAUGAACACCAACGUGUGCGUGGAGAGCGGCCCCAACCCCGAGGCGCCAGGGCUGCCCAAGGACAGCCACCUGCCCGAGGGGGCCCUCAACAGCCUUGUGGAUUACAACUCGGAGAUGGAGAGGUACCGCUCCUUCGCCACCUUCUACAAGACCAACGGCGGCGCCUUCCCCCAGGCGGCCAAGAUCGCCCGCAUCACCACCCCCAUCUUCCCCAGCGCCGCCGCCGCCGCCGCCGCCCGCAUCGGCAUGUCCCCCUGGAACUGCGACACCGCCACGGCCGCCGCCGCCACCGCCAUGCUCUGGGGCAGCGGCGGCGGCGGCGGCGCGGCGGGCGGCGCGAGGAAACCCUCCUCCUCCUCCUCCUCCGCCGCCGCCUCCGCGGCCGCCGCCGCCGCCUCCUCGCUGCACGCCGGCAGGGGCGGCAUGCACCACCGGAGCGACUCGCAGCGGCUGGGCAAGCCCGGCUGCCCGCCGGCCGAGCAGCCCGCCCUGCCCAUGGCCAACGGCAACUUCCUCUCCACGCUCGCCCCCGAGCACUGCCGGCCGCUGGCCGGCGAGUGCAUGAACAAGCUCAAGUGCGGCGCCACCGAAGCCGAGAUCAUGAACCUCCCCGACCGCGUCGGCACCUUCUCGGCCAUCCCGGCGCUGGGCGGCCUGUCCCUGCCACCCGGGGUCAUCGUCGUGACGGCCCCUGCACUCCCCGCCGCGGCCUCGGCCGCCGUCACCGACAGCGCCUUCCAGAUCGCCAACCUGGCGGACUGCCCGCAGAGCCACGCCUCGGCCUCGCCCGCCUCCGCCCUGGGAGCCGCCGCCGGCGCGGGGGGCGGUGGAGGCGGUGGCGGCGGAGGCGGAGGGGGGGCCGGCGGCACCGGCGGCGGGGCCGGGGCCGGGGCGGGCAACCCCAAGAAGAAGCGGAAACGCUGCGGGGUGUGCGUGCCCUGCAAGCGGCUCAUCAACUGUGGAGUCUGCAGCAGUUGCAGGAACCGCAAAACGGGACACCAGAUCUGCAUUAGGAAAUGUGAAGAGCUUAAGAAAAAACCGGCACUUUCGCUAGAGGUAAUGGUGAAACACAGAUGGUCACUGGUGCUCUAUAAAUAACACGGGCUCACCUCCAGGGAGCGGAAGAAAGAUGAGGCAGGUGGAAGAUUUGGGACUCAAAAUGGAACUGUGGGAUAAACUCCAGUGGCUUUUCUGUGACAAUGACCUGCAGUGCAUG